AUGACCCUCUGGUCUCCAAAGCAUUCUUCAAGAUCGACCACCAUCUCACGAAGACUCAGAAACCGCGCCGACCAGAACCUCUCUGUUCAGCCACCCGAACUACCGCGCUUUAAGGCCCCGCGCCCGCACCGUGCCGCAACAGCACUCACCCCGCGCCAGGCAUCUGUCGAUUAUCAAACCGAGCAGGCUCAUCCAUCCGUGUGGGAUCCAUCCGUUGCCCCAGAGACUUUUCCACGUAGCAACAUCUCGAAUCCUUCAGGACUCGAACAAAACGCGCCCUCCCAGCUGCUCCUCCCACAGUCUCUUCACUUGGACUUCACUCCUUACCAAUCACCCCAUCAAUCUUCGACCGACUUAGUGUCCCUACCCACGCAGAACGAUUCACAGAAUCUCGAAGCACAACCGACCUCACAUUCGCCACUCAUCCCCACGACUUUACCUUCUCUACCGAGCGAUCAGGCAGAUCUGAGAUACGGCCUUGGCCUCUCUGCAGAUUCUGAACAGGAGCAGAAUCAAUCAUUAAAUCUGCAAGACAUGAGUACAUUGGGGUAUAUGAUGCCAGCGCAGUACGGUUCAAUGAACCACUACGGUGACCAAUCCUACCAACAGUCGUACGCGGAUUCCCGCGUAUCUUCACAUCAACCUACAAGCUCGGGGGCAUAUAUACCGGGCUAUACUUCACGUUCCCCCGCAGCAGACCAGCGAUCAAAUAUUCUGCCGCCAUACCAGCAGCCGUCAGUGCCUCGCAGUCCAUAUCAACAGCCGAUAGGGUCUUUGCGGACCAGUCCGGCACCCAUGUAUCCGCCUGCGUCUGGCGAAGCUGUGCUUAAUUCCUCUCAAUCGUACCCUUUUCCUGCCUUACAUCCAGGCCUUCCAGGACAAGUUUUGUCGCCACUCCCCAGUAACUCACCUAGCUACCCACCAGCUCCCAUUUACCCCCCGACCACCUAUGAAAUCAGCGGCUACAACACCUUGCCAUCGACGAUGUAUCCGCCUUCCUCCGCUGCCGCUAGCUAUCCUGCCUACGAGCCGUCACCAGGACUCGUUCCUCCUAACAGCACAUCUGCCUCCGGCCUUCCUUCAACCCCUUCCACCCCAGGGAACAAUGUCCCGCCCCGCGUUUUGAACACGCGGCCGAAGCCCCAAUGCUGGGAGCAUGGCUGCAAUGGGCGGCAAUUCUCAACCUUCAGCAAUCUGUUACGGCACCAGCGCGAGAAAUCGGGCACCGCAGCCAAAAGCUACUGCCCACGGUGCGGGGCGGAGUUCACGCGUACCACUGCUAGAAACGGCCACAUGCAACACGAGAAAUGCAAGCCCCGUCGAACGUCAGAUUCGAGCAGGUAA